AGCGCCUCCUCGUGGACUGCACAGGCGCAGUGAGGCUCCGGCGGAGCAGUGGGAGGGGAGGAGGAAGAGGCGGAGGGGGGCGGGAGCCGGUCCCAGAAGAUGGCGGAGGCGGGGGAUUUCUGGUAGAUCCUCUUCCAGGAUAAGAUGCUGUAACUGUCCAAACUCCAGUCUGCGUUGAUUCACAGACAGUUGGCUUUUCAGCUGGGAAGCCUUUUUUUUUUCCCCCGUUGCCGGUUUACUGAACUUAUGAAACCAUGGCAGAAGGAGAGACAGAGUCACCUGGGCCCAAAAAGCGUGGCCCCUACAUUUCGUCCGUCACUAGCAGGAGUGUGAACUUGAUGAUUCGUGGAGUGGUACUAUUUUUUAUUGGAGUAUUUCUUGCAUUAGUGUUAAAUUUACUUCAGAUUCAGAGAAAUGUGACGCUCUUUCCACCUGACGUGAUCGCAAGUAUCUUCUCUUCAGCGUGGUGGGUACCGCCAUGCUGUGGCACAGCCUCAGCUGUGAUUGGGUUAUUAUACCCCUGCAUUGACAGGCAUCUUGGAGAACCACAUAAAUUUAAAAGAGAGUGGUCCAGUGUGAUGCGGUGCGUAGCCGUCUUUGUUGGUAUAAAUCAUGCCAGCGCUAAAGUGGAUUUUGAUAACAACAUACAGUUGUCUCUUACACUGGCUGCACUCUCCAUUGGACUAUGGUGGACCUUUGAUAGGUCUAGAAGUGGUUUUGGCCUUGGAGUAGGAAUUGCUUUCUUGGCAACCGUGGUCACUCAACUGCUAGUCUAUAAUGGUGUUUAUCAAUAUACAUCUCCAGAUUUUCUCUAUGUUCGUUCUUGGUUACCGUGUAUAUUUUUUGCUGGAGGCAUAACAAUGGGAAACAUUGGCCGACAACUGGCAAUGGAUCAGCUGGGUGCAGCUGCUGCACGGACUCUGCGUAUUGGCUUGGGGAGCCCGCAGACUGACAACUCGAAGAUGAAGCUUAAAGAUGUUUGUAAGGACAAACCUUUGUGGAAUUUCUUGUGCCUCACACCUAGCGUGUGUCAGUGUCACUCCCGUCUAAGAGAAAGCAGGUCAGUAUACGUUGAAGCACAUCUUUCCAGAGUGUAUGUAAAAUUCAUAAUAAGGUUGAGUCAGGUUCAGCUUUGUUUUUUUGUUUGUUUGUUUGUUUUUGCCAGAAAGAAUACAUCUGUGAUCCUUAGAUGUUUGAUAGCAUUAGUUCUGGUUCUGGCUCCAGCUAACUGUAAAGGGGCUGGGAUGUGUGGUCCCUCCCCCGCAGGACAGAAGAACCACAUCGGGGUGAUCAGCAGUAGAGGCCGCCACAGUGGGUGUAAAGCAUUUUGUGGCACUCUGCCCACUGGCAUAUUCCCUGUCCUAAGUGAUUCAUAGUGAACACAGCUAGGAGAAAAUAAAAUACUUUUUUUGGUGGUAAAAUUAAAAUUAUAGUCUUUAAAAUUCAUAACAUGUAAACUUAGUAUCCAAGUUCUAGAAGGGUGGGAAAGAAGGAAGGGGCUCACCUUUACCUUUUCCUGUCAUCUAAAAAAAGAAAUGACCAGGGCUGGGGGGUGGCAGUGCCUGGGUCCCUCAGUUGGUUCAGCGUCUGCCUUCAGCUGAGGUCAUGAUCCCGGGGUCCUGGGAUCAAGCCGCACCACGUCGGGCUCCCGGCUCCGUGGGGAGUCUGCUUCUCCCUCUCUCUCUGCCCCUCCCCCCAUGCUCGCUCGCUCUCUCUCAAAUACACAAAUAAAAUCUUAAUAAAAGGAGAGGUGAGGGGAAGGAAAUGAAUCAGGUGUUUGCUCUGCACCUCCCAUGAACAUCCCUACCACACCCCUCCAGAUAGGACUGUUCUACAGCUGCCGGUGUCCAUGUGUUUCUGAAAGGCAGAGCGGGCUUUCAGACUCUGGUCUGACUGCGCUCUAGCGACCCAGGAUCCUCCCCAGCACCCCGCGGCGCUGUCCCUGCCAGUCCCCGCGAGUGGUUUCCCAUAGGGAUUUCCAGCAGAUUUCUCCGGCCAUCCCUUAGGGUGAGUGACUGCUGGCAUUUCUGACUCGGAUGCAACCUCCAGUUCACAGACACGGCUUGCGUUUAAUUCGCUCCUCCAGUCUGGAACGGGCUUAUUUGAGAAGCUAAUAAGGCUUAGAGCGUCAGCUCUCCGUGAACGCUUACACGUGGGCCUUGAGCCUCUCUCCACAGUUCUGCCACAGCCUCCACAGGCACAGUCCCAUGUGAAAGUCUGACAGGACAGAAAGGUGAUAACAUUUUUUUAACCGCUUUUGACUUCUGGGAGUUCAUUCUGGGAGACGUCUGUGUGAAUCAUUAGUGCCGGGUGGUACUGUGUUUGAUGUGCCCCAUCGUACAGGAGUACUGGGCUGGGGCAUCUGCACAGAUGGGCUGUGUACAUGAGACAUUCUGAAGGAGUAAGGAGUAAGAACAUGGAGCUAACCAGCUGGUCAGGAAAGGCCUCCGAAGAGUGGAGACAGAGGUCCUGCUGAGGUGUGAAGGAAGGCUCAAACUCAACUUGAGGAGGGGAGGGCAUUUCUUGGUGGCAUGGGAUGGACAGGAAAACAAUGUGGGCAGACAGGUGAAUGUAGUCUGGAGAGCCCGAAGACCAGUCUGGAAGUAGUGAAGAUGGGAGAUAGAGGGAGCGGUGGCAGGUAGGACGUUAAACAUGGGGAUUGACUUCUCUUUGAGGGUUUACAUGACUCCCAUAAAGCCUGCAAGCAGGGCAUGCUGCUUCUUGGAAGAGUCCACAGCUGCCUGUGGGGGUUAUUCUAGAAGGCUUACAAGUUGAGACUGCCCCAUCUGCCACAGUUCAUAGAGUCCCCAUUUAUCAAUCAUCAUCGUUAUCAGACUUUCCUUGAAAAAAAAAUGUUCUGAGGCUGAUCCAGGUGUGAUCCCGAGGUUUGCCAGAGUGACUCAGGGAAAGAGCCAGCCUUGGGAAUCCCACAAACCCAGACUUGAAUGCCACACGGGUUCCUUUUGGACUGGGAUCCUGGGCGAGUCCCCCAAGCUUUCUAAACCUCGGUACUCUCAUCUAUGACAUGGAGAUAUGCUACCAUCUUCUCUUACAGCCUCUGAACGUCACAUGCAAUCAUAUGUAAUAUAAACAGGCAUCCAGUUAUAUAUUUGUUCCUUUCCUUUUUGCAUUUCCUUUGCAUUAAGAUACCCUCCUGAUGUCUCUGUCAAAAUGAAAGGACACGGAAUGCACAAAUCCUCUAUGCCAACCCACAGCCAUCCACAGCUUCACUUGUCAGGUUACGUUCCAGGACCACGUUCCUAAGGAAGUAGGGCAAUAAAGUGGCUCAUUGUGGUGAUACUGAGUGAUUGUUGGGCUGGAGGUUUGACCAGGUUUGGUGGGGAGUGUCAUCCACGGAGAGAAGCUCAGAGGAGGUGUCACAGGACGGUGUGAGGGCACCAGAGGGAAAGAAGGAUGUGCGAAACAGGAGAUAGGUUUUGUCAGCAUCUUAUUUUUGCCUAGGGAUGAUGGCUCUGUCCUCAUACUUCACAGUGUCACCACUGUGAGACUGCGGUUUCCCCAAGAAGGAGUUACGUUUUAAUUAGCCGUAGGUACCUGAUUUCUGAUAUAUCAGUCCUUUUCUCCGGGCCUCCUCGUUUCAGGUUCUUUUUUGCUCACGUCCGCCACUUGCUACUCCUUUUAUGUGUAUCAGAAGGAAACCACCAAGCAGCCUGGAAAUCCUAUUACCAGACCUCAGGAUAUUAAUUGUCAAGUUUCUCCCCCACGGUUACACAAGUGCUGAAAAAGUGGUUCUCUUUCAACAGUGUCUUGUCAAAACGCCAGGCACAGUUUGUUUUUGACAUUUGCUGCUACUGUUAAAUAAUAGUCUUGCUUCUGUCAUAGCUAAUGUUGACUUGAAGGCAUUUGGAGGGCAUUUCUCAACUCGAGCCUUAACAGGAAGACCUGGGUCUUGACAGAUUUUUUUUUUUUUUUUGCUUGCCCAAGGCAACUGAAUGUAAGGGUAGCAACCUUUGCUUUUCUAAUCUCAAGAAAAUUUCAAAUGGGCACGCACAGCUUAAAAUUUUAGAUGAAUUGUAUGCAUGCUCUUGCACUCAGACAUACACACACACACACACACACACACACACACACACGCACAAGGUGGAGUUCUUCAAGUUUUGCCAUCCUAGGAAUGACAUUUGUAUCCAUUAAAUAGUAUCUCAUUUUAAGACCACUUAAAUCCCGGCUGUUCUGCCUUGGUAAACUUUUAUCUGUUAGAAUGUCAUACUUAAUUACAGAUCUCUUUAAAAUCAAUAAGCAGUUUUAUUGUUUCUGUAUUUGCAAUGGCGUAAGCCCUUGAGCACUGCCCCGCUCACAGCAUGCAUGGCGUGCCAUCUGUCAGAGAGAAUCUGGCCUCUUCACACUUUCUUCUUGGGCCAUGUCCAUUAGAAAUUUAAUUCAUCGCUCUUCCUCACUUCCCUGAGAAGGCAUCUUUUGCAUUUUCCCCCCGAAUGUCUUCUAGACAAAUGUGUAGAGACCUUCUAAGGGCACUGUAAUUUCUGAAACGUUCACCAUUUGUGAGGUAAUAGAGGGGAGGCUAAGAAAAAAAAAGGGGAGCAGAGCAAGUGAAAAUUGUACAAGGCUUCUGUGGAAUUGCGUGGGAGUUGGCAUCGAUUGUAUGUGAAGGGGCCAAGAAAUGCACAGUUGGUUUCAAAGUAAAUACCAAAGGAAUGGUUAAUGAGACAGUUCUGCUUUGCAGUUUCAGAAAAAUGGAAGUAUACCAAUCAUUAGCAUUUCCAAUAAGGAAGGCAGCUUGGGUUCGGAGCUGUUACAUGGAACAGUAGACCAUAAGCCCAGUGGAGAGGCAUCCAUCACGACCUGGGGCACACCUUUCUAUGACCACCCCAUGUCACAACAUUCGUCCUCAAGUUUUGAGAAAUAACUUUUAAGAGAUUUCCAAAAUUACAAACUCUGAGCCUGUGAAUUAUGAGACCAUUAUAUCACCUCACUCUCUCUUUCCUUUUAUCCUGAUGUUGAUACUUGUCUGGGAGAUGAGGUUUAAAUGGCAGUGGUUUUUCCUCUGAGGAGAACAUUUGAAAUCAGGGUGUAAUUAUCCCAUGAUGAUUCAUAGGCAUCACGUGGCCACUGAACUGAAUUCUAAGAUGCACGGGAAAGAAUGGUGUAGGUGGAGGGGACCCUAACAUUCGUCUAGGACAAAUACGAGUAGGACAGUCCAGUCUUGGCAUUUUGCAAACGCAAAAGCACAACUCACAUUGCUUAAGUGCUUGCCCCAGGUCUCAUGGCCCGCUAGUAGCAGAACGAGACAUUUCCGUAGCAUUAAGAGGGUAGUAACAGUUCAAUUAAUGAAAAGCGUAGAUUUGAUUUUGUAACUCUGGCAGAUUUACGGCCGUGUUGGCAACUGGUAGGAAAUGGGCAUUUGUGAGUUGUGAAUGUUUUUAUUAUGAAGGGCAAGUAUUUGUUACCUUAAGUAAUAGGUGGGUAAAUAAGACCGAGUAUCAAUUAUAUGCUUUACAUUUACCACGCAUUUACUCCAUUAGAGCUAUGAGGUCAGUAUUAUUAUCUAUAAAGAUAUAAGAUCAGUCCUUUAUAUGUGAAGCAACAGAGGCUUACAGAGGUCAUAAUCUGCCAAUGUCACACAAGUAAACUCUAUGGCCAGAGACGGAGCCCAAGUGCUCGUUCUUCUCGGGCUGCCUCUGGACUGUUUGUGAUGUCAACACAGGUUAUGUAUGUCGGUGGAAAAGGAAAUGUUAGAUGUGGAACUUAAACAUGUAUAUGAAAGUCCUGUCCUCGCCCUUCCUAAACAAAUUUAAAUUUUAAUUGGAACAAUGAACAAUGUCACUGGUACAAUUCUUGGCUAAGAAAUGAUUUCUGAGCCUGAGAGUUAUCAUUUUUUAAUGAAAUAAAUUAGAUGUCUUGAAAGAA